AUGGUGUCCCUCCUCAAUAGCCAGCCUGAUCCGCUAGGCCCUCACCAAGACAAACGAACCAUCCGAAGAGCGCCCGACCAGCAGAUAUCCUAUUCAUCCGAAUCCUCCGGUAACGCGGUCGCAUCCGAAUCACCAUCCCAAUACUCCUCCUUCUCCAGCUCCGAUAGCGAUGGCCCAACCCCUCAUUACGACAGCGACGUAGACGAAGACGAUGCCAGCGAUGUCGUCGGUGUCAGCAUUGGUCCCACCCAAAGUCGCAUGAAAGCACGCGCAACACCCGCCGAAGAGAAAAAUCGUGCCUUGGAGGAUAAUGGCGGUUACUUCACUGAGGUCCCGGACACCGUCGACGAGGAUGGCCUGUUCGUUUCGGAGCUGACGGCGGAACCCGAAUCGCUGCAAUCUGACAAUUUGGCGGCCCAACAAGCUUCGCAAGCUAAGCGGACGACUCAGAGGCCUCCAGCCGUGCAUCCUCAUGCACAGUCCUUGCCGGUGGAGCGCCUGACGCCACGCGGCCCCCACACCGGAGGCUCUGCGUCAGCGGCCGCGUCGCAAGAUCACAAGGAGUCUAGCGGUUCUCACGGCCAUCGAUCAAGCUUUACCCGGUCACUGCUCAAGACGUCGCUUCCCAGUCGCCCGCGAGCGUGGUCUGGGGAAUUGAAGAAGUUCUUCCCGGACCUGGGCGCCCUGACGAAGCGACCGACGCUUCCAUUUCUGUCUGGUAACAAUAAUAACCGGGCUCGCAGUCAAACCGUAGAAGGACCGAAGAAGAAGGGCUCGAACUCGACGUUGCUGCAGAAGAGAACUUCAUCGUUGGACCGACGUAACCAACCGGCAUCUUCGCUUUCCCAAGGCGCAGGUCAUGAAUCUGAUGAAGCGGAUGAUGGUCAUCAUGUUCCGGAGCUCAAGUCAAUGGAAGAAAGCUCUGCUAUAAAACAUUCUUUUACCAGACGACCCAGUACGACUCCCGGACGACCCCCAAGUCUUCGCCGCUCAUCUUCGGAUCAAUCGCUGUACUUACGUGCAUCGUCCACGGCGUCAUCGCUGGAACAACGGCCGCGAUAUGAGAAUAUUCAUUCUCAGGUCAACAGUCGGUUUAAGGCGAUUAAAGAUUCUUUGCAAGAUUCAAGUAGCCGAUUGCUUAGUAUGCCAGCCUUGAAUCUGCAGGAUAUUCGUAAUGAUUGGAAUUCGAAGCCGUUCUUCCCAGAUCUGGGUGGCUCGUUUGCCUCGGCUGAUAAAGAUAUGAAUGGAUCAGUGCAUGCAUCUGCGACCCCGCCGCCUCCGCCACGACAGAACUCACAAACCACGCAUCCCAUCCUGGAAGAGGCCAUGUCUGAAAUGACUGGGGAUGUUGUGAUUCUGGGUGGCUAUCGAGGAUCUAUCCUGCGAUCUGCCAAGGCACCCAAUCGGCAGUUGUGGGUUCCAAUGAAGGUGGGAUUGAAUCUGCGCAAGGUCGAUUUGGAGGUGGGUUUGACCCGAGAAGACGAAGAGCGCAUGGAAGAGACUAUCAUCCCAUCCGGCGUACUCUCCCAUGUUGGUCCUGUGGACGUGUGUCGGCGAUUGAUGAAGCGACUCCGGAAGUCCGAGAAUGCCAUCCGCGGUGAUUUACGUGUCUGGGAUUACGGUUAUGACUGGCGACUGAGCCCGGAUCUCCUUUCUCGAAGGCUGAUCGAAUUCCUUGAGGGUCUCCCCUCCAAUCGCCCGAACUCAACCACCGGACAAAGACGCGGUGCAUACGUGAUCGCUCACAGUCUCGGCGGCCUGAUCACUCGCCACGCCGUCAACCAACGCCCCGAUCUCUUCGCCGGUGUUGUAUACGCCGGAGUUCCCCAACACUGCGUCAAUAUCCUCGGCCCUCUGCGCAACGGCGACGACGUCCUGCUCAGUUCGCGCGUCCUAACAGCCCAGGUAAACUUCACCUUCCGCACCAGCUUCGCCCUCCUCCCAGAAGACGGCCACUGCUUCAUCGACAAGCAAUCCAAAGAAGAAUACCGCGUUGACUUCUUCGAUGCCGCAAACUGGGACGAACACCGUCUAUCCCCCUGUAUCGGACCAUGUCUCCCGCCUACCACAGCCACCGGCCGCGGCUUCAAAGACUUCGCUCUCAUCGGAAAGCGAUUCUCCCUCGGCCCGCGCGACGAUCCCGAAACAAGCGUCCAGGAUUUCGCAGAAGACCAUGACCAAACAACGACCACUGACGAAGAAAUCUCUGCGCGGAACCCGCCUCGCUCCGCAUCCCAAUCUCCUUCUCGCGCUAUCGCCGACAAAAUCGAAAGGGUCCCGGAGAACCUCCUACUCCCCGCCGAUGGCAUCGUGGGCCCUGUGUCGCACCCGCGCGGUAGUGCCGGUUCAAGCAAAGCAUCCACGACAAGCACCAUCCCUCGUGCCGCGGCUAUCGAGUAUCUGCAACGCACUCUUGCGGAGGUCAAGCAGUUCAAGUCGGAGCUGGACUUCCGACCUGCUCAUCAGUCGGGUAAUAAAUACCCGCCUGCUGCUGUGCUGUAUGGCAAGAGUGUGCCCACCGUUUACGGGGCCCGGGUCACUUCACGUGAGGCGAUUAAGCACCAGGAUUGCUAUGAUGAUUUGGCUUUUGCUGCUGGCGAUGGUGUGUGUCUUGCUUCUGCUGCCAUGUUGCCACCCGGUUACCGGAUUAUCAAGGGCGGUCUGGUAAAGAGUGACCGUGGCCAUGUUGGAUUACUUGGUGAUCUUGAGGGUGUUGGGCAGUGUCUGAGAGCUAUUGUUCGAGGACGCAGAGAAGGUGUUGGUAUGGGCAGUCAGAACUAG